AUGUCUAGAUUACAUCCUAACGACCACACCGAGGGAUCAGAAUAUUCGUUCUCUCAAGAUCCAGUUACUCCUGUCGACGUAGUACAGCCGACUCGCAAGCAAAUGGUUGGAUUCGCUGCGCAGUCGACAACAAUGGAAAACUCAACCCGCGACCCUCCUUCCGAGUCUCCCUUUGCCGACCCUCCAACCAAACCAGGUUCUUCGGACUCAAACAAGCAGCCUAAAGUAUCCGAUGUAGGGUUUGGCUAUGUAUCUGAUAACCGGCCUGAUAGAGAUGCACCCGGUUCCUCAGCCAAUGCACCAAAUUCACCGCUCAAGAGUGCCAUGAAAGUGCCCGGCACUCCUGGUCGGUUUGGAAAUGCGAACCCGCUGAGCCCAACUUUUAGAGAGGAGCAGAUUCUCGAGAUUCAUGAAAAAGAUGCAGAGGAAGAGAACGCAAAGGAUUUGAAAAUUAAAACACGAGUCCGCCUCUCGAAGAUCUUGCUGCGUGGUGUCAAUUUCUCCUGCAGUUUGAUUGUCUUAGCACUGCUUGCCCAGUCGUUCCUUAUUUUCCGCGCAACCAGACACCUGGAGAGCAGAAACGGACUUACACCCUGGGACCCAAAUACCAACCCUUGGCCACAGAUCCUCAUUCUAGUUUUGACCUCCAUCAACAUGUUCCUGUCCCUUGUCGUGCUUUGGAACAAUUGCCGUGGAAAAGAGCGUCGUGCAGAGAAAGUAAACGUAUACUACACUCUUUUUGCCGGCGGCUUCUUCGUCUUUACUGUCAUAAUGUGGGUUAUAGCCGCUGGUAUUCUACAGAACAGCAAGGACAGUGGUAAUGGUAAAGAUCUUUGGGGAUGGUCUUGUAAGGACAAUCAGCGAGCCACUUUAUUCAAAGAAUUGGUUGACUAUGCUCUCGUUUGCCGCAUGCAGGAUUGGACCCUUGUUUGCAUUAUCAUUGAAAUCGUCGUUGAUACCAUCACGAUUGCUAUCUAUGCUGUUGUCUUCUAUCGCUUCUACUCCAAGCGCAAACUACGCAAGUCAAUGAACGUCCGUGACAAGGCCAGGUCUGACCUGUAUCUCGCCAAUCUCCGUGUGCAAACCGCCCCAAAUACCCCUGGGUUUGCCCGAAGCCCAGCAAUGAAACAAAACCCGUAUUCGGCUGCCGAGAACGGACAGGCCGAAUAUUACCAGCCCCAAUAUGCCACUCCAGUCAACACCACAACUAACAAACCGUUCCAACUCCAGCCUCCUCCUUCCAGGUCAUCCAAUAGUAUCCACAACGCACCUCGGGCUGAGACACAAAGCCCUGCUCUCGAGCCUGGCAGUACCGAACGAGUCAACCACCAUGUUGCUGUUGCUCCUGGGGAACAAUCAUAUGGUGCCGUGCCAAUCCCCGAACCCUACAGAAGCCCCAGCUUUGCUCCUCAGGGAAUGACACUGCCGAAUACUCCUGGUAUUGGCGUAGCGGUUUCAUCAGACAACGCUUCUCACGCCCGCAACUCGUCAAGAUGA